AUGCUACACACUGCUGUUCCCCUCACCUUUUUCAAUUUGCUCCUCGUGUGUGUUGGGUCUUCCACCUUCGAGGGACCCUCAGCUCCAGGUGAACCCCAGCAAACUGGCUUCUCCCUGAAUCACCCAAGCUGCUCUCUGAGGCUAAGGAUGUAGGCUUUCAGCAGACAAGGGCACCAGACCAAUACUCUCGUCCCCCUGGUGCUGCUUGCCGGCUCCCUUGGCGCAUUAAGCCAUGCAGCCAAGGGAACCACAGCCAAGCAACUCUGGGAUCUCCUAAAGACCACCGGAGAGAAGAAGCAGGCAGACGAAGCUCUGACCGGCGCACUGAAGUCAAUGCACGAAUGGAAUGGGACCGGUUACACAGUGCACAGUUCCUCGGCUCGCUUCCAGGCUCGGUAUGGGCCAGGCCACGUGGCUCUCGGUGCCGGAGGGGGAGAGGCAGAUAUGGAGGAGCGCCGCUCUUGGGCUAAAUGAGGAACAGGAGAGCUGGUGGGAGAACCACUCACCCAGAGACCAGAUGCCAAGGAAGGAGCAACGAUCUUGGCCAACACCUGGUGCUCUAAAGGGUUUUGGGAUCGUUGCUUUGACCAAGAAAACCAAGACUUGCGAUUCUUUUUGGGGACCAAGUACAGCAAAGUGUGUAUGAUGCACAGAGCAGGUAAACAAAGUGCGUAUGAUGACGUGGAGAACAUGGAGCUGGAGCUGGAGCUGGGUCUGUGCGGAGGCCAGAGCUCACUGCUGGAUCUAGGACCAGAGUACAGCCCUUUGGUCCUUUUGCCCCAGUACCCCAGAACUGCUGACCGUACGGGGCAGGCACGGCCAGGUACCCCGGCGCCCCCGACCUCUCUCCCGGUGCCCUUACAGGUUCGAGUAAGGCCUGGGCAAAGUCCUCCGAUUCCCUCCGGAGAUAUGCCUGUGACCUUUGUGACCCUAAUACAGCUCGGGUCAAAGGUUAUUCCCUCUUCUCCUUUGUCCGAGGCCAGCACGCAGCACUGUGCCACUGCCUCUAGCCCAACCAUGCCCAACCUGGGCUCGUGCGUGGAGAGGCAGCCUCUCAGCGCGGCAGCCUGUAGCCCCGCUGGAUCUCCUGCUCCUCCGGCAGACUGGCACCCAGCAGCAGCACCAACAGAGCCCAAUCUCCCACCUCCACCAUCUGGGCGGAGGUGGCCGAGGCCAAGGGUUGGAGGGAAUAUGACUGCAGGCCAAAGGCGUGCCUCAGUGCACCAAGCUCGGCUGCGGGGCUGCCCGUCGCCCCCCCGCCUCGAGCUGCUCCAUCACGCUCACUGCCUCCUGCCGUUGUCGCGGAUCUGUUGGCUCAGCGGAGCAGCUGCCAUUAUCCUGAUCCCCGCCCGCCGCUCCCCAGCUGCCCAGCUAGCUCUGACAGGGUCCCGCCUGGUCCACGUGGAGCGUAAUGUCAGGGAGACGGUGGCCACGGACUUUUAUUCCUCGCUCUUCCUCCAGGAACAGCUGGCUGUGUUGGGCGUGGAAGAUGCCUGGGACCCGAAGGUGGCAGACUUCUCCGCUUUGUAUGGGCGCGGGAAGGGAACGCUCCACUUGGGGAGCGUCGUUCACUGGGCCUUCCUGGAGCUGGCGUCGGAGUCGGGUGGCGAGGAUGGCACCAGUGAGGAUGAGCAUGUGGAGAAGCCCAAACUCUUCUACGCUGAUCAUUCCUUCAUUGUGCUGGUGAAGGAGUACAAUGGGUCUCUGCUGCUGCUGGGUGCACUAGACCUGGCCCAGGGACAUGAUGAGCUAUAGAGCCACAAUGGCUAGAGGGCCAAAGUGAUCCAUCAGCCAACCAAAGACACCAAUGUUCAUCUGAGCCACUUGUUCAGGGCCCUAUGUAGUAAAUAUUUUCUUCCAUAACACCUUUUCUUAGAAAACAAUAAAGGACUUGGAUAAGGAUUGGAUGAAAAUGUUAUCACAAUACCCAUCUAACCCAUUUGAUUGUGCAUGAAGAAUGUACUGUGAUGUGUUGAAUGUUUUUAUUAGAACCUGCAGCUCAUUUCCAUUACAGUAACAGGCAGAGCAGGGCAGGCGCUGACUGAUGGUCCAACUGUGAGAGACAGACUCUGACUCUAGUGAGAGAUUCUGUGGAUCCUUCUAGGAUCUGUCACAGUGUGUAAAUUUGACUUCUACUCAUAUUGGCAGACUGACCCUACUUGUUCUCUCAGUCACUAUCAGAAAUGAACACUGCACUGACAUGCAUGGGCACAAAUGCUCAUGUCGAUACAGAGAUGGAGCCACAAUGCUACGAGCUUAUCCAUCCAAGCAAGGUGAUUUCUUCUUUUAAUAUGGCCAAAAGGCUUAACACUGGCAAUCCUAAGACUAGCAUUCUUAUCCAAAAUCAAGUCAAAGCUGCAGCAGCUUUCCUACCACACAUUUUCCAACAUCUGACAACAGCUCUUAGCUCUAAGAAGAGUGCACCCCCACCCAACCCCCUGCCCAAUCUCUCUCUCUCUCUCUCUCUCUUUCUCUUUCUUUCUCUCUCUCUCUCUCUCUCUCUCUCUCUCUCUCAUUGCCUAAGGACAUCCAUAGCCAAAUAGAUCAGCAUCUCCAGGGGGUCAGGCUCUAAGCUGGCAAGCUGGUCCCCACUCUGAGAGCAAUCUCCUGGGGAGAGAGAUCGCUCAGCCAGUGGGUUAUUGAUGAGAGCAGUUUGAUGCUAAUGAUGCUAAUGACUCGCAACCGCUGUCAACAACAUAGGCAGACGAUAAACCUUUUAAUCUUUUAAUGCCUCCCCUGGAUCAAUAGAGGCUGUGGCCUUGUGACACCCUUGUUCGUUUAGAGUUGAUAAGAAUCACAUUUAAAAUCUGCUUAAUUAUGCUUUGCCACUUCUUACAUUAGCAGUUGAUAUUAAUGUUUUUGUUAUUCUGUAGAUUUGCACAAAAAUGUAUUUGGCUCACAUACAAACACUGCACCACAGAGUCCAAUAUUGCUAUGUGUAUAAUUUUCAGUUGUAAUAAAGUCGAUAGAAAAUAAGACGUUUUACUGACAUGAUAUUCCUCAGACCAAGUGGAUCAUCCAGACUCAUCCAGACUUGCUGGACUGGCAAGUGGUCAAGAUUGGAUUGAAAACCCCUGACUGUUUUGACGUACCAUGAAUGUGAAAAUAUAAAA